CUCUUUCGUGAGCAAAGCGCUGAUGAAUGCCGGAGCAGCAGGUCGGAGCAGCGCCGAUCUCUGGUCGGAGAUCGUUGCCGGCGAUGAAGAGCAGGAGCGGUUGCCGCAGCAACCGGGGCCCGGGGGACAAGCGAUUUACCGGAGGAGGAAGCAGGAGAAGGUCGGCAAGCAGAAUGCAGCAACCGGGAAGAGCGUGGUCCAUGUGGCCCGGGUGAGUUUGGCGGCUAAUGGCAAGCGGGUCAGUUGGAACCGUUCGCUUUCGACCAGAGGGAGAACAAGUAUAGCUGCCACAGCUUGUGUACAUCAUCGUCCUGAACAGAAGCAUGCCAGAAGGAAAGCGAAACCUCCUCUUCCAAAAGCAAAGGUUAUGCAUAGCUUCGAAAAGGAAAGGUCAUACUUUCAAGAGGUUGAUGCAUUCGAGUUGUUAGAGGAAAGCCCCUCGCCCAAGAAGUCUGGUACCUGGGUUGUUGGCAAUCAAACUGACAGCUUUGUCAUACCUCACUUGUCAUCUAGGCUAGAGAAAUGGUUGAUAUCAAAGAAACUAAAUCAUGGUUGUGGACCUUCAAGCACACUCUCAAAGAUAUUAGAAACCCCAGCCAUGUUCUCAGGGGCAAAGUUGGAGACACCUAGUGGAUCUUUAUUGCAGAACAAUUCAAGUAUGUGCCCAAGUUUGAUUUGUAAGAAUGAUCUUGAAAGGCAUGUUCAUUCUCAGCUUAUCAAACUGGAAUUGAAGGAUGAAGAUCUAGAAGAAGCUGUUAGGAAGCUGUCUCUGGCUUCAACUUGUGAUACAUCCGAUGGUGAUAACUGGAACCCAUUUACUGCACUGCUUGCAGUUUGUGGGCAGACAGCUCCUUCAAAUUUUGUGGAUGUAUUCUCUAAGUUUUGUGCCCCCAGUGAUAUUAUCAAAAUUGGUGAAGGUACAUUUGGGGAAGCCUUCAAGGCUGGUAAUUAUGUGUGCAAGGUGGUUCCGAUUGAUGGUGAUUUGCGAGUUAAUGGUGAAGUCCAGAAGAGAUCGGAAGAAUUGCUCGAGGAGGCUGUACUUUCUCAAACUCUCAACAGGUUAAGAGAGGGCAAGGACGAUGCUUGUAAUGCUUGCACGACUUUCAUACAGACAAUAGAUCUAAAGGUCUGCCAAGGUACAUAUGAUGUGGAGUUGAUCAGAGCAUGGGAAGAUUGGGAUGAAAAAAAUGGUUCAGAAAAUGAUCAUCCCAAGGAAUUUCCAGAGAAACAGUGCUAUGUGGUGUUUGUCCUGGAACAUGGGGGCAAGGAUCUUGAGAGCUUUGUGCUUUUGAACUUCGAUGAAGCACGGAGUCUACUUGUUCAGGUUACUGCUGCCCUGGCCGUGGCUGAAGCGGCUUAUGAAUUUGAGCACCGCGAUUUACACUGGGGCAAUAUCCUAUUAAGCCGGAAUGAUUCUAGGAUGCUGAAUUUCAUGCUUGAAGGAAAGCAUGUCAAUGUCAAGACUUUUGGAUUGUGCAUAUCCAUAAUUGAUUUCACACUUUCUAGAAUUAAUACGGGCCAAGAUAUACUCUUUCUGGAUCUAUCCUCAGACCCUUAUCUCUUUAAAGGUCCAAAAGGAGAUAAACAAUCCGAAACAUAUCGAAAGAUGAAAGAAGUGACAGAAGAUUACUGGGAAGGAAGCUUCCCAAAAACAAACGUGCUAUGGUUGGUGUACUUGGUCGAUAUAUUACUACUGAAGAAAUCAUUUGAACGUUCUUCAAAGGAUGAAAGAGAGCUGCGAUCCUUGAAGAAACGUUUAGACAAGUAUGGUUCAACCAAAGAAGCAAUUUUUGAUCCAUUCUUUGCUGAUCUGCUGGUUGACAGUGCAGUGUGAUUGGAGAAUUUGCUGGCAAUUUUUUUUUUUUUUUUUUUUUGUGGAAUGGGUAUCUAUUACAUGUAUAAAUACAUAGAAAUGCCUGUGAUUACUCAUAUAGAAACGCAAACUGGUACAUUACGGGGUCUUCAUGUAACUAGUAUAAGAACCUACUUGAGUUCAAGUGGGUUUUCAAGUAGUGCAUGCUAUGUUAUCUAAUGUAUGUUCUUACUUUUGCCAGAGUGGAUCUUUUCAGAACUGUCAUUGAAUUGUCAUUGAAUUGAAAGUCAUUUGACA